GAGUCUCAGCUUGAAGCGGGAAAUGCAAGCUUAAAGUCUUUAGCAGAGUUGACAGAGACAGAGAAAGAAAGACAGAGGGAGAGAACGGGCUGUGCUUAAUAAAAGCCUUGCUCAGAUUACAAAAACAAGCAUUUUACUCACCCCCACCCCUUCAAGUAAUGGGUAAAUUUAGAUGUCUCAGUUCGAUAAAUUUCUACGGUCCCCUUGAGACUGUCAGCAGUGUUUUAUUGUCUGUAGCUUCCUGACCCUCACCUGAUAAAUUAGGAAGUUCUGAGAUUAAAACGGAAACCUCAUACAUAAUUUCUGAAGAUAUUUUUGGGGUUACCCUCUGAGGAGAAAUAGGAUUCUUAAUAAGGGGAAAUAUGGGAACUGCUGUCUGCCUACGCACAUGCUGCUAGAGACUAGACACUCAGGAGAGGAGGAGUUGCACAUACACGACUCCAGCAUCUGCCUCUGCAUCAGUUUGUACUCAGAAGGAGCAAAUCUACACAGACUGCACCUAAAGGGAAUCGUUCUGCAUUCAGAUUCAUCUAUCACUCUUUACUGCUGCAGAAAAAAAAAAAAGAAAAAAAAAAAAAAGAAAAAAGGAAGCUAAUGCACAGCUUAUUUUUGACAGCUACUGAUUUUUCCUUAUAUCAUUCUGAAAUCUGAACAUCACUAUAAAGGGGAGACCAGACCCCCGAACCACCCAGGGAUGGACACAAGACAAGACUUUCAUUUUUAAAACUCUUUUGCGCCCAGCAAGGCACAGAAUAAAAAAACUGGAUACCAGCUCAGACAUGGUUAUAGAAUCUCAAAACAGCAGAUGACCAGCUCACUAUACUGACCAUGCUGGCCUUUCCUCAGGACUACCCUGGACCAGAGAGGAACAGAGAACUCUUACAUCGUACGCAACUCCUGCGCAAGAUCCAGCUCCUGAAGACAUUCCGCUGCACACAAAAAUGUCCCAUCCUUUACAGCCCUUCAACGGGUCUGGAGCUGCCAAUGGAUCUUUGUCGCCUCUCUCAGUAACAGCAGCACCCAAGCAGGACUACUCAAGUGAGGACCAAGGAAACAAAGUGCACUGGGCAGCACUGCUGAUCCUCCUGGUGAUAAUCCCCACCAUUGGGGGGAACAUACUUGUCAUUCUGGCGGUGUCCUUGGAGAAAAAGUUGCAAUAUGCUACCAACUACUUUCUGACGUCCUUGGCGGUGGCAGAUUUGCUUGUGGGUCUGUUUGUGAUGCCAAUUGCCCUUCUCAUAAUAUUAUUUGACAAUACCUGGCCUUUACCAACUGCCUUAUGUCCUGUCUGGCUCUUCCUGGAUGUCCUCUUUUCCACAGCUUCCAUCAUGCACCUCUGUGCCAUCUCCCUAGACCGCUACAUUGCAAUAAAAAAGCCAAUCCAGGCCAGCCAGUACAAUUCAUGGGCUACAACAAUCAUCAAAAUCAUCGUGGUUUGGCUCAUUUCAAUAGGCAUUGCAAUUCCCGUCCCUAUCAGAGGCAUUGAGGAUGGAAACGGCAACUCUACAAACAUCACGUGUGUCCUGAUGCCUGAUCGCUUUCAUGACUUCAUUCUGUACGGGUCAGUGGCUGCCUUCUUCAUUCCCCUCGCUAUCAUGAUCGUCACUUAUUUCCUGACAAUCCAAGUGCUGCGCAAAAAGGCCUAUUUGAUCAACAAGCCGCCCCCGCGCUUCACCUGGUCAGCAGUGUCCACCGUCUUUCAGCGUGACACAACUCCCGCCUCCUCGCCAGAAAAGGUGGCCAUGCUAAAUGGCUCCAGAAAGGACCAGACUUUGUCCAGUGACAUGCCCAUCUGCAGGACGUCCACAAUUGGGAGGAAGUCCAUGCAAACAAUAACCAAUGAACAAAGGGCGUCAAAAGUUCUGGGGAUUGUAUUUUUCCUUUUCUUGCUGAUGUGGUGCCCGUUCUUCAUAACAAACAUCAGCUCGGUUCUGUGCAACUCCUGCAACAAGGAGGUUUUUCAAAAGCUUUUGGAGAUAUUUGUUUGGAUAGGGUAUGUAUCCUCAGGAGUGAAUCCUCUUGUAUAUACACUCUUCAACAAAACAUUUAGGGAGGCUUUCAGCAGGUACAUCACCUGCAACUACCGGACCACAAAGCCUAUCAAGGCCCUUCGGCAGCGCUCCAGCAGGAUCUCUUUCAGAAGCUCUGUAGCAGAAAACUCCAAGCUCUUUGUCAUGAAUGGGAUGAGAAAUGGGAUUAACCCCAUAAUGUACCAGAGCCCAAUGAGGCUGAGGAGCUCACCCAUCCAAGCAUCAUCGGCCGUUCUGCUGGAUACGUUGCUGCUCACCGAGAAUGAGGUUGAUAAAACAGAAGAACAAGUCAGCUAUGUAUAGUGGAAUAGCAGCCAUGUCCACACAGCAUUACUGUAUGUGUUAUUCUAAAUAACUGCGCUGUAAGAGGGUAUAAAUACUAUUGUUUUCUGUUAUUUAUGUGAGCAAUAUCUUAUAAAUUUGUAUUAAUUCCUCUCCUCCAAAGUCUCCUCUACUUUAACCCCAACCCCUUGGUGGCAACAACAACUUCAUUCCAUGACAAAUGACUCAUACAGAACUGUAGCCUAAGGAAGAAGG